CGCCGACUCGGAUCGCAAAUGUGAUCUCUGCCGUGUGCCUUGCGCCUGACUCAUUCAGAGGAACGUCAGCCUUAAUUUUUUUUUUCUUUUUUCUUUUUUCCCUUGGGCCAAAAAAAGUAUCGAAAUCUCAAAUCACUCUCCGUCCCAAACAGGUCCUCCUGCCUUUUCCCAGAUUCAGAUUUGAGUGGACUGAACCUGCCAUUAUGACCAAGGAGGCCCGUACCGUCCCUGUGGUCGCCUCCGCCAAGGAGGAUCCUGCCUUCUUCGCCCACCGCCUCGUCAUCUUCGAUAAGCUCAAGGCCGAACAGGAUAAGGCCCUGGCCGAGAAAUCUCGUGAUCCCAUCACCAUCACCCUUCCCGACGGAAAAGAAAUUCCCGCCACCGCUUGGGAGACGAGCCCCGCCGACAUUGCCAGGGGGAUCAGCAAGUCCCUCCUCGACCGUACCGUCAUUGCCCGCGUCAAUGGAUCCCUCUGGGACAUGACCAGGCCCCUUGAGGGUGAUGCCAGGCUCGAAUUCCUCGACUUCAACAAUGACGAGGCCAAGAAGGUGUACUGGCACUCCAGCGCCCACGUUCUCGGCGAGGCCGCCGAGAAGAAGUUCAGCUGCCACCUCUGCUUCGGCCCCCCCACCGACGAGGGCUUCUUCUACGAUUUCGGCAUGCCGGACCAACAUGCCAGCGUCACCGCCGAUGACCAGAAGCAGCUCAAGAGCCUCAUGGACUCCGUCGUCAAGGAGAGGCAGCCCUUCGAGCGUCUCGUCAUGUCCAAGGAGGACCUCCUGCACAUGUUCGAAUACAACCCUUUCAAACAGGAACUCAUCAAGUCCAAGGUGCCCGACGGUACUUCCACUACCGUCUAUCGUUGCGGUCCCCUGAUCGAUCUCUGCCUCGGCCCCCAUGUCAUUGACACGGGUAGGAUCAAGGCUUUUGCCAUUCUGAAGACAGGCGCUUCGUAUUUCCUAGGCGACCCGAAGAACCCGCCCCUGCAGAGAGUCUACGGCAUUUCGUUCCCGGACAAGAAGCUUCUUGCUGCACAUCUCCACUACCUCGAAGAAGCCGCCAAGAGAGACCAUCGCAGGAUUGGCAAGGACCAGGAACUGUUUCUUUUCCACGACCUGUCGCCCGGCUCGCCAUUCUUCCUCCCCCAUGGCAUGAGGAUCUAUAACGCCCUCAAGUCCAUCAUCCAGAGCGAAUACCACAAACGGGACUACGUGGAGGUCAUGUCCCCCAAUAUGUUCAAUGCCGACUUGUGGAAGCAGUCUGGGCACUGGAAUCACUAUCAGGAUGACAUGUUCACUUUUGAGGUCGAGAAAGCAAAGUGGGCCCUCAAGCCCAUGAACUGUCCCGGACACUGUCUUAUCUUUGCGUCGAGAGAACGGUCAUAUCGCGAACUCCCCCUUCGCAUGGCCGAGUUCGGCAUUCUUCAUCGGAAUGAGGCCUCUGGCGCCUUGACUGGUCUGACCCGUGUUCGGAGAUUCAUUCAGGAUGACUCCCACAUUUUCUGUUCGGAGGACCAGAUCGGACCGGAAAUCACCGGCCUAUUCGACUUCUUGGACACCGUGUAUGGAAAGCUGGGUAUGCAAUUCAAGCUCAAGCUCUCCACAAGACCCGAGAAGUUCCUGGGCGACGUUGAGACGUGGCAAAAGGCCGAAGAUACGCUACAGGCCGCCCUGGAACAGUUUGCCGUGUCUCACGGGGCCCAGUGGGAGCUCAACCCUGGCGACGGCGCCUUUUAUGGACCCAAGAUCGACAUCACCAUCAUGGACGCGCUUCACAGGUGGCACCAGUGCGCCACGAUUCAGCUGGACUUCCAGUUGCCCAGACAGUUCAAUCUGACUUUCGUGACCGCGAAUACCUCAUCCGAGGGGUCCGCGGCAUCCAAGCCGGUCGAAUCGGCGCGCCAACCGGCAGCCCAGCUUGUAGACGGCGCACAAUCAGAACCCCCCAAGGAAGGCUCCAAAGACGCACCGAAGGAGGUAGCGAAAGCCGUCCCCGCUGGACAUGCCCGGCCAGUCAUGAUUCACCGUGCGGUGGUGGGCAGCUUCGAGCGCUUCAUCGCCGUUCUGACAGAGCACUUUGCGGGCAAGUGGCCGCUCUGGCUUAGCCCUCGGCAAAUCCUCGUUGUCCCAGUCAUGACGGAUGCGGAACCCUACGUGAAGGAGGUAGAGGCGCUGCUGAAGGAGAACGAGUUCUAUGCCGACAGCGAUCUCAGCGGUAACACGAUGAACAAGAAGAUCCGCAACGGCCAGCUUCUCCAGUAUAACUUCAUUUUCGUGCUCGGCGCGAAGGAGAUGGAGAACCGUACUGUCAGCAUCAGGGCGAGAGAUAGCAAGGGAGACCUUGCCACUCUCCCUCUCGAUGAAGCUUUGAAGAAGCUCCGCCAGCUGCGUGAUACCCGGGAGCUAAAUAACACGCUCGAGUGAAUUGUUCUAGACGGAGAAGUGCGGAGCAGGUUUGGGGGGGAGGAGAGAGAGGGGGAAAUGCAUGUGAAAGGGACUUAGAUCGUCCUGGACCUGGAUCCACUUGGCCUCGAGAUACACGUAGAUAGACCCAAAUGGUUGCUACAGGUAGCCGGCAUCAUUGGUGUCAUUAUGUGUUUAGCUGAUGAAUAGAUGGAUGAGAUGAAGGAA